GUCAGUUUCAUCCACUGCUCCUCAGCGUCCGCCGGUGCGGUGCUGAGCAUCGUCCGUCGUGAAGGUUACACGGACCGACGCGGACCGACGCGGACCGACACGGACCGACACGGACCGACGCGGACCGACGCGGAUUCGUGCACCGCUGAGGAGAAAAACCAGGCUGUCCUGCUAAUGGUCCAUCGGCUGUGCUUCUAGCUGCCAUCCCGCCAGGAGGUUCAAACUACAGCACCAUGCAGCGCCUCACCCUGCUCCUGCAUCUCCUGGGCCUCUCUCUUUCCUCUGCUGAUGCAUCCAUGUAUGGGGAGGUAUCCGACUUCUGUGGAGCAGAUGACGCCACAGGUUACGGGCCCGUGUUCGAGGAGCAGCCGGUGGACACCAUCUACCCCGAGGAGUCGCCCGAGGCGAAAAUCAUCAUGAUCUGUCGGGCCAGAGCCAACCCACCUGCCACAUACAAGUGGAGGUUGGAUGGAGAGGACAUCGACUUGGAUGCUGAUAGCCACUACAGUUUAGUUGGAGGCAACCUGUUCAUUGGCAACCCUAUUAAGAACCAGCACGAGGGAAAGUACUCCUGUGUGGCCACCAAUCCCUUCGGCACCAUCAUCAGCCGAGUGGCCUCCGUCCAGUUUGGCUACCUGGACUUCUUCUCUUCAGAGGAGAGAGAGGCGGUGUAUGUGAAGGAAGGACAGGGGGCAGUUCUGCUCUGCGCCCCCCCGCCACACUACCCUGCUGAGCUGUCAUUCAGAUGGAUGCUGAAUGAGUUUCCUUCCUUCGUCCAGUUGGACAAUCGGCGCUUCGUCUCACAGACGACAGGGAACCUCUACAUUUCCAAGGUGGACCGCUCAGAUAGUGGCAACUACUCCUGUUUUGUCUCCAGCCCAUCCAUCUCCAAGAGCGUCUUCUCCAAGAUCAUCCCCCUCGUGCCGCUGGUUGAACGUCCAAUCAGGAAAUACCCUGCUGACAUUAAAGUCAAGUUCCCAGACACCAUUGCUCUCGUGGGUCAGAACAUCACCUUGGAGUGCUUUGCUUUGGGGAACCCCAUCCCUGAAAUUCGCUGGAAGAAGCUGGAUGGAGAGCUGCCGUCCGGAUACGAGGUGAGCUCGAUGGGGACGCAUCUCCACCUGUACAAUGUCCAGUUUGAGGACGCGGGCACCUACAAGUGUGAGGCCAUCAAUUCCAAAGGGAAGGACUACCACACCGCACGGGUCUCCGUGGAAGCCUUUCCAGAGUGGGUGGAGCAUAUCGAAAGCAUUGAGAGAGACAUCAACAGUGACUACACCAUGUCCUGCACAGCCAGCGGCAAACCCAAACCCCACAUCCGCUGGCUUAAAAAUGGACAGCCGUUCAACAAGGAGGAGGUGAAUUUCAGUGACCUGACAUUUGAAGAUUCAGGGAUGUAUCAGUGCCUUGCAGAGAAUCGCCACGGAAUCAUCUAUGCCAACGCAGAGCUGCGUGUGAUUGCUUGUGCACCCACAUUUGAACCCAACCCUGUGAAGAAGGUCCUGGCAGCUAAAAACGGCCGGGUGGUGAUUGAAUGUCGGCCCAAAGCAUCCCCGAAGCCAACCUUCUCCUGGAGCAAAGGAACAGAGCUGCUGUCCAACUCAACCAGGGUUUUUAUCUUGGAGGACGGCAGCCUUGAGAUCCUCAAUGUGACGCGAGCGGACGAGGGGAGGUACACGUGCUUCGCCGAGAAUGACCGGGGCAAAGCCAACAGCACGGGAUCCCUGUCCGUCACAGAGGCCACAAAGAUCACCUUGGCCCCCUCCAACGCCGACGUGAAGGUGGGGGAGAACACCUGGAUGCAGUGCACCGCGUCACAUGACUCUUCCCUGGACAUCACCUUCAUCUGGUCCCUGGACGGCCGGGUCAUCGACGUACACAAGGACAGUCAGCAUUAUGAGCGUACCACGAAUGGAAGCUCCAGCGGUGAGCUGCUGAUCAAGAACUGCCAGCUGAAGCACGCAGGACUUUACACGUGCACCGCCCAAACCCCCGUGGACAACGUGACCACCUCCGCCCGCCUCGUCAUCCGGGGUCCCCCAGGUCCUCCAGGUGGGGUACGGGUGGUGGAGACGACCGACAAGAGCGUUGGAUUGCAGUGGAGCCGUGGCGCAGACAACCACAGCCCCAUCUCCAAAUAUACCAUCCAGUACAGGGACUCCUUCUCAAAAGACGCCUGGAAGAACGCCACUACAUCUCCUGCAGAUGUAGAGGGGAAUGCAGAGACGGCCACAGUAGUGGGCUUGUUCCCGUGGACCGAGUACGAGUUCAGGGUGAUUGCCACCAACACUCUGGGAACAGGAGAGCCGAGCAGCCCGUCACCCAAUAUCAAAACUCUGGAGGCGGUUCCUGUGGUGGCGCCCUCCGACAUCAGCGGGGGAGGAGGAACCAGUAGGGAGCUGACCAUCACUUGGACGCCUGUCCAGCCGCAGUACUACUACGGGAGUAACUUUGGUUAUAUCGUGGCCUUCAAACCCCACGACGACAACGAGUGGAGGAAGGUGACGGUGGCCGACCCACAAGCCAGACGAUACGUCCAUAAGGACAACGCCAUCCCUCCGUCUACAGAGUUCCAAGUCAAAGUCAAGGCCUUCAACAGUAAAGGAGAGGGACCCUUCAGCGUCACGGCCGUCAUUUAUUCUGCCCAAGAAGCACCGUCUGAAGCUCCGACCAGUGUGGAGGGCAGAGCUCUCUCUGCUACAGAGGCCAUCGUGUGGUGGCUUCCUAUUUCCCAGAGCAAUGUAGAAGGAUACCAGGUGAAGUACUGGAGGAAGCGUGAAGACAGCGAGGCGGGGGCGCAGAGGGCGGUGGUGUCCAGCAAGGAGAACCACACCAAGCUGGAGGGCAUGAAGCCCUCCUCCUUUUACCUCAUCGAGGUCCGGGCCUACAACGCCGCUGGAUAUGGGCCGUCCAGCCAGCACCUUGAGAUCUACACCAAGAAAGCCCCGCCAAGUCGACCCCCCAGAAUAAUUGGUAAAAAGUUAAAGGGCAUCACAGUAAAUGUCGCCUGGGAACACGUGGAACCGCUGGCCAACGAGUCGUCUAUAGAUGGCUACAAGGUGCUGUACAGACAGUAUGGCCAUUCUGUAGGGACUCUGUACACCACCAGCAGGCGGUACAUAGACCUCCCUGUGCACAAAGAGGAGUACGUGGUGGAAGUCAGGGCGCACAGCGAGGGGGGGGACGGGGCUGUGGCGAGCAUCCGUAUCUCAGGUGGAGGUGUCGUGGCCGCCCAGUCUCUCAGCCUCGUCUCCCUGCUCCUGGUGGCCCUCCUCGGCCCGGACCUCUGAAUGUAGUGCCGCCAUCUUUGUCUUCACUCGGCGUGAAGGAGACUCUGUACGGUUGACACCUAUGAGGAUCACUUGACUCUUUCCACACUCGUUUUGGUUUUUUGCCCCACGGCCGGAAAACCAUAUUCCAACCGUCCCCCCCCCCCCCUUUGGAAUAUGUUCGUGGAAAAAGACACAGGAAAAAAAAAGAAGAAAAAAAAAAAAGAGAAUUGGAAAUGGACAAAGACAUCCCUUAUUUAAUACCCGCAAAGCAUCUCCGCAGGACCGUCGAAGGAGUUCUGUCUAACUUUGUUCAAUAUGCCUUACGUUAACAUGUACCCUUACCUUUCACCACGCCUCGCCGGGGAGAUGGACGGCGAGAGGGCGGGGGCGCGCCGCGGCCCGGCCCGGCCUCUAGGUGGCUCUCUCACAGGCGCGGCGUGGCGUUCCGGAUAAUCGAUCCCUCCUUGCAUUCCAUAUCUAGACGAACCGGUCCGGACGCUUGUGAAGGUUAAGUGUACAGGUUUAUGAAAACGUCCUUGUGUGAUUCUUUUCAGUGGACUUCCUGUUUCUUUCUUCUUCUUCUUUUUUAAAGAUGCUCUUCUCCUUCUUCUUCUUUUUUAAAGAUGAUCUUCUUCUUCUUCUUCUUUUUUAAAGGUGAAGCACACCCUCUGCUAACAGAGAUACAGUCAAAGCAAAUAUCCGCUCCUUGCAUACUCUGUUUCAUCAGCAAGCAUCGUAUAGGAAAAAAAAGAAGCGAUUUAUGUCAUGCUAAAGUAAUAUAUGCAAUGAUUUAUAUGGUUUUGCUACCAAAUAUACCGUUGAUAUAAGAAGUUCGUCAGCAAACACGUGGAUUGACUCGAUAUUGUCCGCGCUUCCGUGUGCUUCGUGACGCGCGCCUCGCUGUCGUGAUACCGUUUUUACAAUCCUGCGCAUGUUCAUAUCGAUGUCAGGAGGGAGUGGCGUAUUCAAAAACAGCGAAGAAGAAGAAAAGACGCGGGAGAAUUUCUGUGGGGCGUGUAUUGGCAUUUUCAGCGUUGAAUGUAAAUUAAACCACAAGCUUGACAACAUAGGAGAAAAUACGCUUUCCGGUAUAGACGAAGCGCAGCGUCUGGCUGUCGGGAUGCUGGUUGCCAUGGAGAUGACGGUACGUUUAUACGGGAGUACGUGCCGCCGUUCGUUUCAAUGUGUCCAACUGAGAGGUCGCACACACGCCGUGACCGAAGAAUACGUUGUUAGUGUACGUUUCCACUUUAAUGGCUUUUGUUUUGACUGCAUCACUCGGACCUCGGUGGUACCAGCUCCUGCUUUGUGGAGAAAGAAUGUUGUCGUUUCAUUUUCUUUCUGCAAACCCUCCAUGAUCUCCC